AAAUAUCCCAAGCUAGGGUUCCGGUUAUCGUUCUGCAUUGAUAGGUAGAGCGCUGUGAGAAACACAACAAACACUGCCGCAACGCAACCGUUACGAGAACACUCACUUGACACAGUUUGUUUCUCGUUUCGUGGAACACUUGGAAGGCACAAUGGGAGGGAGGAAGAAGAAGUUCAUCGACAAGAAGAACUCUGCCACUUUCCAACUCAUCGCUCGCGACACCUCCGACCCUUCUUUCUCCCAAUCCGACCGCGUCUUCGUCCGCGUCGACAACAACCCCGUUUCCUUCCCCGUCGCCGAUGACUCCGCUUUUGAUGACGCCCCCGACGACUACUACUACGACGACGACGCCGGAGUUAGCGGUGGUCCCUUGCCGGAGGACGUGAGGAGGGAGAUUCUGGAGCUAGGGUUUCCGGAUGAUGGCUAUAACUACUUGAAUCACUUGAGGGAAAUCAAGAACAGUGGCGCUGGUGCUGCUUUCUACCACAACCCCAAGUUCAAGCUACAACACCUCCCUCGCGAUGUUAAGGCAUUUGAUGCUUCUAGAUUGCAAAUUGCUGAGGCGGAUGGAGAGCCUGAGGAGAACACUAUAUACAGUGUUGCGUCCAAGACUACCAGCGUAAGGGUGCAGAAAGCAGUUGAUCCUGAAGUGGCUGCACUGCUUGAUGAUGACGAUUUGUCACGGUUGGGAUCUGAUGUCGAGGAUUUGGAAGAAGACUUUGUUGUUCAGGCGAAUCUCCUUGAAGAUGAAGAUGAAGAUGAGGAAGAGAAGGAUUGUAUAUUUAAUGAAACGAGUUUUUCCGAGGAAUCUGCGAUACAUAGAAACGGGAACAGUGCACAUGCACUGCAAGUUUCUUCCUAUUCCAGAGUCACAGAUGAUUCUGGACCUUUGGAUGGGGUGACAGAUGGUGUACCAGGAGAGGACUGUGUUGGUGAGAAGCAAAGAGCUCGUCGUUUGCUGGACGAGCAAUUUGAUUUGCUCGAACGCCAAGAAUAUGGAACUGAUGAUGAUGAUGGUGAUUAUUAUGAAAAUUAUGAAGCCGAUGAAGAUGAGUCCCUUGCUGAGAAGCUCAAACACUCUCUUAACAACCAUGUAUUGGAUGAUCUAGAACUUGAUGAUGACAAGUAUAAGGUUCCUGCAGACUUAUUGAAGAAUAAAGAUGCUCCACAUGAGGAACAAGAGGAUUCUGCUGCUGAUGUGAUUCGUCGCUGCAAGGAAUAUGCUGAGGAGUAUGAAGUUGAAGAUGAUCACAAGGAUGUUGUACUUGUACAAGAAAGUAGUGAUGAAUCAGAAGUUUGGGAUUGUGAGACUAUUGUUUCGAUGUACUCAAAUUUAGAUAACCACCCUGGAAAGAUUGAAGCACCUGGAGUAACCAGGAAAAAGAAAUUGUCUGAAACCGUGUCUGCAGUCUUGAGUUCCUCUAGUCAAAUAAUACCCCUUAGAGGAAAAGAGAAACUCCCCGUAGACUUCUUGCCUGGUGGUAGGAAACCUGCCACCGAAAAGGUUAAAGGCCAGAGCAUUGCAAAAACUGAGCAGUACAAGAGAAAACAACAUGGCCUUGAGUCAAAGGAGGAGAAGAAAGAACGGAAGGCUGCUGUGAAGGAGGAACGACAUGAGGCACGUCGCAAUAAAAAAGAAAUGAAAGAGCUUUAUAAAUGUGAAGCACAUCGGGCACAGAGAGCUGCUGCUGUGUCUGGUCCUUCUUCCAUUCAUCUUUUGUAAGUUAACAAUUACAAGUACUGGCUGUUGUGAUGUGAGUCUUUUUGCCCAAGCAAGAAUGUGCUCAGAGAGUGUUUUUGGUACUUGAAGAAAAACUUUUGUUGUUUUUAUUCACAAGGUUUACCAAAAAUCUUUAUUUUAUUGUUUUAGUGGCUUUUGUUUUGUAGAACAAAGUCCGCCAACCUUAUACAGGAGGAUACGCAAAUAGUUUUAAUUAUUCUUCUUUGAGUUGUAUGGUUUACUGAUCAAAGGCUAACCAAUAUAUUUUAUGCCUUUUGGCGACAACCUAAUUUAGCUAUUUAGAAAAUGUCGAAUUUCGGAGUUCUGUCGGCCAAAUUUGGAAUUUGAAGUUCCACUGUGACAAGCAGGUCUGUUGGAGUUUUGAAUUGGAAGAGCUCACUGGUGGUUCUA